AUGCUAGCAGAGCCGCCGCUCAUCUCCCGCCCUCAGGCUGAUGAGAUCCUCAGCAGCCCGCAAGAGAGCAGAAUUCCAGGCCACAUUGGAAGAGCUCCGAUUUCGCUGGCAGCCCCUGGUGAACCCCCCUCCGACUUCCGAGGAAAUCCGGGCCAUCAGACUGCAGCCCCACUGAAAACAGCAACCAAAAAUGGCGGCCCUUUCUCCACCGAUUGCAACGCUUCUGUUAGUCCUACACCUAAGAAAGCUACAGCUAAGCGCAAACAUACCGAGCCAACCCCCACUAUUGUCAUUGAUCAGGAUCACUCCUCUGAGCAAUCCGACUAUGACCGGGAUCUCUCCUUGGAACCCAUACCUGACCCUGACUCAGAUACAACCCCAACCCAAAACGAGGGCGAUUGGUCAGAUGCAGAGGAAGGGGACCCACUCCGACAACAGAAGCCAAAGAGGCUCCUGGAACAGGCAACGCCAAUCCUUCAGGGGCGCCGGCGCCUUCAAGCCUCCCAUGUGUUAGUCAAAACAGACAACACAACGGCCAAAGCAUACAUCAACCAACAAGGGGGUACUCACUCCUGCUCAUUACAUCAAGAAGCGAUCUUCCUCCUAACCUGGGCGGAGGAACAUCUGGAAUCCAUAAUAGCCCAUCACAUCAAGGGGGAGCUGAAUGUAGUGGCGGACUGGCUCAGUCACAUCGAUGUCUCCCCAGGGGAAUGGAGCCUUCACCCCAGGAUCUUCCAUCAGAUCAUGGAUCGCAUGGGAGUCCCAGUGCUGGACCUUUUCGCAACUCCAUCCAAUGCAAAACUUCCCAGGUUCAUGUCAAGUUUCCAUUCCCAGGGCGCAGCAGCAGUAGACGCCAUGUCAGCCCAGUGGCCGGAAGGGCUUCUCUACGACUUUCCCUUGACCCCACUGCUAGCAAGAAUCCUUUGCAGAAUCCGUCUUCUCCGAGCCGAGAACUGGGGCGGAGUUAUCCUCCUCGGGCUCAGGCAGGCGUGUCUUUCUUUUUAUCCAGUCAAAUCUGUCCUGCCUUGGAGCUCCUGGAGGAGGAGAACCCAUAGAGAUGUCCCUGGCUUCAGCAACCAGAAGGAGCCUUCUGGAGCCCUUCCUCGCCACCGCGGCAGCAUCCGCCCCCAGCGCCUGCCUGGACAGACGUGCACCCCAGCCAUGCCACACGACAAGCCCUUGGCCACGGGGGGCGCCGAUGGAGCCCCCAUGAUGCAAGUCCGCGAGGAGCCCCACUGGCCCUUCCCUUGCGCCACCGACCUGAGGGAGGACCACGUCAUCGCGGGAGUCCUCCGGGAGCCCAGCAAGGAGCGGCUCAGCCUCCAGCGGGCCAUGCAGAAGGGCCUCCUGACCCACAGCACCGGCCUGGCUCUGCUGGAGCACCAGGCCGCCUCGGGCUACAUCGUGGACUUUGCCAAGAACCGGAUGCUGUCUGUGAGGGACGCCACCAACGCCGGCCUGGUGGGCCGGGAGCAUUUCAACACCCUCUUCGUGGCAGAGAAAGCCGUGACCGGCUACACCGACCCCUUCUCGGGCAACAAGAUCUCCCUCUUCCAGGCCAUGAAGAAGGGGCUGAUCGUCAAAGACCACGGCAUCCGCCUGCUGGAGGCCCAGGUGGCCACUGGGGGCCUCAUCCACCCCCUGCACAGCCACCGCCUGCCUGUGGAGCAGGCGUACAAGUGGGGCUACCUGGAUGCAGAGAUCUGCAAGCUGCUCUCGGACCCCACCAGCCACACCAAAAGGUGCUUCGACCCCAAUGCCCGCGAGACCCUCUCCUACCUGCAGCUCCUUCACAGGUGUGUCCCGGAUCCCGUGACUGGCCUGCUGAUGUUCCCGGUGCUGGAGAAGGGAGCUGUCCAGCUGGAUGAGAGCCUGCGCAGGGCCUUGCAGUCGGCCACCACCACGGUCCACGCGGGGCUUUUCCAAGGCCAAGAGCUCUCCAUGUGGGACCUCCUCUUCUCCAGGUGCGUCCCGACACACAAGAGGCAGGAGCUCCUCAGGCAGCUCAAGGCCGGCACCCUCACCCUUCAGGACAUCACCCAAAUCCUCAUCGGCACGGUCACUGAGAGGGAAGCCCAAAGAGAAGGCUGCCAGGAGAAGGAGAGGCACAAACGCGCCUCGGAGAAGGAAGAAAUGGAGAAGGCCCUGAAGUCGCGGAUGGUCACGGUCCCCGUCGGAGAGUUCCACGGACGGAAGGUCUCCGUGUGGGACCUGCUCCACUCCAAGGACAUCCCCAAGGGGAAGAGGAAGGAGCUGCUGAAGCUGUACAAGUCCGGCAUCCUCACCCUUGACCAGAUGGAGACCGUGGUCACUGGCAUGAUCUCCCAGAUAGAGGAGGAGAAGGCCAAGGAGCUGAGCCAUGCCGCCCGCACGGGCCAGGAGGUGGGUGCCUCCGAGGCGGCGGUAGGGGGACGCUUCGACCCUCAGGAGGCACAGCUGAGGGAGGCCUUGAAGGCAAUACAGAUCCCAGUGGCCUCCGGUGAGUUUAAGGGGCAAAACGUCCCUGUGCUGGAGCUUCUCUUUUCCAAACAUUUUCCUCCAGAGAAGAGGCAGGAGCUGCUGGGGAUGUACCGGGAAGGGGCGCUCAGCACCGAACAGAUGAUAGCAGCUGUUAGUGGCACCCUGGAAAAAGCUGAAGCAAGUAAAAGGAAGUUCACAGUUACCACAAAACGCCGGACUCCAGAGGCGUCCGGAUCCAGGGAAGUCAAGGCUGCAGACUGUCUUCCUGGCAAACACAGAGAUGAGUUGCUGAAGUCCCAAAUCGUCACGUUGCCUGCUGGGAAGUUCCAAGGCCAGCAGCUGACCGUGUGGGACCUCCUCUUCUCUCAGUACAUCGCAAGGGACAAAAGGGAAGAGCUCCUGGAGAAGUACCGUGAGGGCAGGUUCAGCGUCCAGGAGUUGGCCUCCAUGCUCACCAUCCUGGCCUCACUGCAUGACCUUUUCCACUUCCUGGAGCAGACGGUGACUGGAACUGGCACAUCCCCCACAACUGAAGAAAUGCCCACUUCGGUCACAGCCUCAUUGGAGGAGGAGGAGGCUGACAAUGACGAUGCCAGUGAUGAUGAUGAUGACGAUGACGAUGACGAUGACGAUGAGGAGCAGGACGAGAAGGACAAGGUCUUGAAGUCCAGGAUGGUGGAGGUUCCUGUGGGUGAGUUCUGUGGGCGGAAGGUCUCCGUGUGGGAUCUGCUCCACUCCAAGUACUUCCCAGAGAAGAAGAGGAAGGAGAUCUUGAAGCUGUACAGAAUUGGGAUUCUCUCGGCUGACCAAAUGGAAAAAGUGGUCACAGCUAUUGUUACCAAAGUAGGGGAAGAGAAGGCUAAAGAGGUCCGGCCCGUCAGCCUGCCCAGCAGCCGAGACCCCAGAAUGGUGGAAGAAGCUGGGAGCCUCUCCAAGGCCGACACCACGGAGGUGCUCACCUUUGAGUUCCCCCUGGGCGAAUUCCAAGGCCGGCGGGUCUCGAUGUGGGACCUGCUCUUCUCUGCCUAUGUCCCUGAGACCAAGAGGCAGGGCCUCCUGAGAAGGUAUGUCCUGGGCGAGCUGGAGAGCCAGGAAGUGGCCGCCAUCCUCACCGCUCUCAUCCUGGAGGCCCACAAGCAGAGAAGCACCCCAGGCACCCCACACCUCUUCAGUCUGCUGCACCCCGACGCCUCCCACGUGAUGUUUGGGCCCACCCAGGCCCCGAGGGCCUCCAUGCACGACCUCCUCUAUUCUCAGGAACAAGAAGCUCACCGGGCCGGAAGUGUGACCUUCAGUGAGAUCACCAUGACCACCACGGUCGUCCAGGGGCCUGAGCAGAAGCAAGAGUAGCCCAGCUCAGGGGCAGGUUCCGGCAAGCAGAGCAGCUGGCCCCGGGUGCUGAGCUGCAAGGACACCAGCAAAGCACCCACGGGAGACCACCGGGAGGAGGGGAGGGGAGGGGAGGCCAAGCAAGGGGGAGGGGGAGACCCAAGGGACCACCCGGGUCGGCUUUGUAGAAACCCGUUGGCAGGGAACAGGCCUCAGGGGCCGGAAGAAGGGAGAGGCCCAGCGCACCACCCGGCUGGACUGGCCAUCAAUUGGAGCCCCCAUUGGCCACACAUGAUACAUGGGAAGCAGAGCGGGGAGGAAAUGCGGCGGCGGCUGCUGUUCCUCUCCCACUCUCCCUCCCUCCCACCAGCAAGCAGCACACCCGAGGGAGCCCCCCCAGCCUGCACAGAGGAGACUCUCUUGGGGGAACCAGAGACAUACACAUCUAGCACAGAGGAAGCGGCUUCCUCCCGACUCAGACCCUUGGCCCGUUGAGCGCAGUGUUUUCUACACUGACUGGCAGCAGCUCUCCAAGGGUUCAGGCAGGCUUCCCGCCUCCCCCCCUACCUGGAGAUGCUGCCGCCAGGGAUGGAACCUGGGCCCUUCUGCAGGCAAAGCAUACCCUGAGCUACAGCCCCACCCCCCAAAAUAAGUGUGUGUGCGUGCAUCAAAGGGCUCCUGACCUUGAGCUUGGGACCAGAUGGCUUUUGCUCUUGUGGACACCUUCUCUGUGCAGGCUGAGUGGGGCGGGGGGGGGAUAAGGGACACCCCCCUCCCAGACCCACCCACACACGUCAGGGACCCAGCAGAUCGGAGCCCUUUCACCAGCUCCACGCCUGGCCAGAUGAGUUUCUCUCCUUCUUCUGAGCUUGUUGGAAUCUCUGGCCCAGAAAGGCCUGGCCCCUGGCCCCAAACAGCCCUCCACUGCGCCAAGCCAUGCAAAGGGGGCACCACCCCCAGCCCCGCUCCCCAGCUGGAGUGGCCCCCACAUUGGCUCUUGAAUGGCAGGGCUUUGGCUGGGGCACAGCUGGUCCCCAACUGGGCAUGAGGAAGCAGCCCAGGGCCAAAUCAUGCACCAGCGAAGCAGAAGCCCUUCCCCCAGUGAGGGAGCCCCCACUUCCUCCUCCUGAGGACCGGUCAGCCACUGGCCACCAACCCUCCGCCCCCCCCAGCCACCCGCGGCUGCCGGCCUGGAGGCUCCCUAGUCGGGUGCCUUGUGGGCCUGCCGCCUCUCCUGGCCAACCGCCAGCCUGGCUCCCGCCUGCCCUGUCCGGCCCUCCCGGUGGUGAGCCAGGUGCUGCCCUGCCGGCCUGUGCCUGGCUUCUGGCGGUGGGAGAGGCCCCCUCCAAAGCAACGGGCUCUCUGGUGGCUGCCAGGAAACGCUGCUCCCGGGGCGGUCCUGCCUCUGACCGGCUUCUUGGCCGGAGGCCUGUUUUGGAGUGCUAGUCCGUGUGCCCAGAGCGGAUCUCGGCUGCACCUGGCCUGUCAGUGGGGCCCCUUGGCCACGAGGGGCUGACCACGCGUGAAACGGACAAGGACUGGGGGGCAUGAUGGUGAAGAGGCCUCUGCACAGCUUCCCUUCCUGGCCUGUCCCUGGGGGGUGGCAGCCAAGGCGGGAGGCCAGGCCUGGUCCACUGGCCAUGGGGAGUCUUCUCUAAGGUGGCUAUACCACCUCUUCCCAGGCGUGGAGCGUGGCAAGCCACUAAGUAUCAGUGGUGGUGGUGGUGGUGGCGGUGAUGACAGUAAUAAAUGAAUGAGGAGUUCAA